GAGCCUAUGACAUCGCCGUCACUGUAAAUUUAUGCCUAGACUUUGACUUAAUUCUAUGCAAUCUGCUCUUGUAUCGAUGCUCCAUAUGACUUGUAUUCGUUGGAUUUGACAGUGACAACUUCAGUCCAUUCAAUCGGCCGGCUUUUUAUCUCGCAACAGCCAUGAGUGUCCUCCUCGAAACUUCAGUCGGCGAUCUGGUUAUCGAUCUUCUGGUUGACGAUGCGCCAAAAGCGUGUGAAAACUUUUUGAAGCUAUGCAAGGUCAAAUAUUACAACUACGCCCCUAUCUACAACGUCCAGAAGGACUUUUCGUUCCAGACUGGUGACCCUAUCGGGCCAGACUCGAAAGAUAGCGAUGGAGGCUCUUGCAUAUGGGGACUGCUGUCGCCAAGUAAACCACGUACUUUUGAGCCAGAAUUCUCGAAGAAGCUGAAACACGAUGAGCGAGGCACGGUAAGCUUUGCGUGCGCUCCCAAUCCGAAAAAUCCAGAUCAACUACUCGCCGGCAGCCAGUUCAUCAUAACUCUCGGUAAUGACAUAGAGUACCUAAAUGGCAAGGCAGCAGUAUUUGGGCGUCUCGCAGAAGGAUUUGACGUGCUGAAUAUCAUAAACGAUGCUUUUGUGGAUGAGAGUGGCCGACCACUCAAAGACAUCCGCAUUCUUCACACUACUUUGCUCGACGAUCCGUUCCCAGAUCCUCCAGGGCUCGUCGAGCCUGACAAGAGCCCGAUACCCACAGCUGCGCAGCUCGCGACUGUGCGUAUAGCGCAUGACGAAGAGCUUGUUGAAGAGGCUGAUGAAGCCGCACUCGCAAAAAUAAGAGCUGAACGUGAAGCUAAAGCACAAGCGCUCACACUAGAGAUGGUCGGCGAUCUCCCUUUUGCGGAUGUAAAACCUCCAGAGAACGUCCUGUUUGUGUGCAAGCUCAAUCCAGUGACACAAGAUUCGGAUCUUGAGUUGCUGUUCUCGCGCUUCGGUCCCAUAUUAUCUUGCGAGAUCAUCCGCGACAAGCGCACGGGAGACUCACUACAGUAUGCCUUCAUUGAGUUUGAGAACCAGCGUGAUUGCGAGAGGGCAUACGAAAAGAUGCAGGACGUGCUCAUCGAUGACCACCGUAUUCACGUCGAUUUCUCGCAGUCUGUUAGUAAAUUAAGUGACGUAUGGCGCGAUAGUCAAAACAGGAGACGCCAAUUCAAGAGAGGUGGUGGGUUCGGAGGCGUGAAAGAGCUGGAAAAGAGGAGGCAAUAUCGUGCUCAAGAUGAUGAGCACGACAGGAAUGGUGACAGGUACGGUAUGGUAGCAGAGGAGCAGGAUGAGGUUGAGCUUAAGAAAGAGCGAGAUCGAUACUUGGACAAAACAGAGAGAAAGUAUCAGCGGAGUAGGAGCCCAAGAGACAGGCGAAGAGAUCGCGAUCGGGACGACAGGAGAAGGUACGAGAAGAGUGGAAGAGACGAGAGAAGAUAUGACGACAGACCUCGGGAUCGUGACCGAGAUCGAAACCGAUAUCGAGAGGACAGGAGGGACCGGAGCCGAGACAGAUACAGAGACUACGAGCGAAGAAGAUGAAACAACUCGGAAUUGUUGUUACCUUCUCGGUCGACUUCCCCAGCUUUCGCCCGGUCUCCUGUAGCAUAGCAAAAAAGUUUCGUGAAACUUGAGAGAUCAUACUUGCUCCAACUGUCUUGGUUUCAGUGGCUGCCAAAGGUGGUCUCAUCGUUUGAAGAUCGUGCCUCUUACAUGGGCACGAUAAAUUGAUUAAAUCCUUGACGAUGUUGGAGGCACUGAUGAUCUCUUUGUCAUACGAGUGUCGUAGCACUCGACUUGGCAAUACACACGCCAGAGUUCAUUGAAAGCAAUGCUGAUAGACAGCGAUGAAAAGUUAGUUUGCGCUGUAGUGCGUGUAUGUGUGUGCGGAAUCAAGGCUGAGAGGAACAAGAGGUUCGACUUUAGCAACGCCUCCAGGCCUUCGAUCUACACUCCUAGCAUAACGGGCCACUCGAAUCUAUCUACC